GUACAGUCAGCACCGGGAGGAAUCCGUACAUUGCUCAGGAUCACAGGAGGAAGAUACAAUGCCUCUGUAUUCCUGCAGCAUUCACUUUCCAUUCAGCGUCUUCCCCUCUGAGUGUGAGGAGAUCAUGUAAUAACAUGCAGCUGGGAUCUGUUAGUGAGAAGGAGAAGUGACAAAGGGCAGGGAGGGAUCAUCAUCUCCGGCUCCGCCCUGAUCUGUCCCAACACCAGGAAGUUCCAUUGAGAAAAUACAUCUGGGGAAAUACACACUGAGAUACGCAUUCUACUUCCUACUGCCUGGCCUGCACCAUGCUGUCCCUCUGCCGGCUACUGAGGACCCAGGUCUGCCCCCAGCUGGUGCGUUUUGCCUCUCAGGCCCCGUUCUGCAUCCAUCGCCUGGAUCACCUGGUACUGACCGUGCACAGCAUAGAGAAGACGGCCACCUUCUACACCCGGGUGCUGGGCAUGGAGCUCGUCACCUUCAAGGGGGACAGGAAGGCUCUGAGCUUCGGCAUGCAGAAGAUAAACCUCCAUGAAGUAGGGAAGGAGUUCGAACCCAAGGCCCGGCGCCCAUCACCGGGAUCAGCUGACCUCUGUCUGAUCACGCAGACGCCGCUCACCACCGUCCUACAGCACCUGCAGGUCUGCGGGGUCCCUAUAGAAGAAGGGCCCGUGUCCCGCACAGGAGCGAUGGGGGAAAUCCAAUCCGUCUAUUUCCGAGACCCGGAUCACAAUCUAAUAGAAGUAUCCAACUACGUGGAGGAACCCGGCGCCAAAUCCUGACCUGCUUCACCUCCGUAUGCGUCGGCUCCAUUGAUUACCUUCUUCAGAAACUGCAGCUUGCCUGGCUGCCUCUGGCUUUAAUAGUAUCAGAGGGGUAGAUUCAGAGAGCAAUUACGCCUGCGUAUCCAUAGAUACGCCGCGUAAUUGCUAAGUAGCGCCGGCGU